AUGUACGAGCAGCACUCCACCGGGGCGACUGUUGUCGAGUUUCAAGCAUGUCGUGCUCUGUUGGCGACCGUCCUCGAGAGCUUGGCAAGACCGCCUGCCGCCAUCCCACGAUACGGGGGGAGGCUGCCGAAUCCAAAGGGUGUCGACGCCGAGCUCUUGCGGUUUUGGCUUGCGCGGUGCGAGACGCAGCACGGCGAGCGCUGUUCGGGCGCCAGCCUCGCGCCCAGGCUGGACCCCGUGGCUGACCUGCUCCUGAUCGACGUGGUGGACAAUUGCAUUGUCGAGGCAGCCGGAGACAGCAUUCCGCGCUUCGUGGCGCCGAGCUACGUCUGGGGAGAGACCAACAAGGUCAUGUUGACCACAGGCAACGUGACAAAGCUCGCCGAGAAGGAUGCCCUCACAAGCGUCGAGCUCCCAUCGACCAUCAGUGACGCCAUCUCAGUGACGCGGAAUCUGGGCAUUCAUCACCUCUGGGUUGACACCUUGUGCAUCAAGCAGGACGACGAGUCUCACAAGGCGUCGCAGAUUGCCCAGAUGGCGUCUAUAUACGCGCUAGCGACGCUGACCGUCAUCGCGGCGGCGAGUAAUCACGCCGACACGGGCCUAUCGCGCGUCUCUGUGGAGCCGCACUGGGCGGCCAGCGGUCCUAUUCACGCCGUUCACUCCCCGGGCGUCUCUUUGAUCCCUGUGCUGGACUCUUUCGAUGACUUUGCUCCUGGUCCGCUGGCCUCCUCGAGCUGGUACGCUCGGGCCUGGACAAUGCAGGAGCACUUCCUGUCAAUGCGCAAGCUCAUCUUCGCCGAGAACCAGGUCUACUGGCACUGC